AUGGAAGACAAAAAAGGAUUAGCACUAGGAAAAAAGUAUAACUUGACAUGGCAACAAACUAUGCUACGCAUUAAUAACCCCAAAGAAACUGUAGAGUUUUAUGAAAAGAAUUUCGGAAUGAUAAACAUUCAUACAUAUCAUUUUGAUAAAUAUAACUUUUCUUUAUAUUUUAUGAUAACACUUCCAUAUGAUGAAGAAGAAAGAAAAAAACUACCAAAACCUAACACAAAAGAAUCAGAAGAAUAUUUAUGGAACUUAAAUACUGUAUGUUUAGAACUAACACAUAAUCAUAAUAGUAAUGAAAUCUUAAGUAAUGGGAAUAAUGAAAAUGAUAAAGGGUUUGGUCAUAUUGCAUUUAAUUGUGAAAAUGUAACUGAAUUUUGCGAUUACCUUUUUAAAAAACAAAAUGUAAAAUUUCAUAAAUUGCCACAUGAGACAAAAAUGAAAACUAUCGGAUUUGCAUUAGAUCCAAAUAAUUACUGGAUAGAAAUAGUAAAACGCUCAAGUGAAGUAAAAUGGAAAAAUAAUAAAAAUAUUACCAAUUUUUCUCAAACUAUGAUAAGGGUUAAAGAUCCAAAAAAGAGUCUAUAUUUUUAUAUACAUAUAUUAGGUAUGGAAUUAAUAUAUACAAAACACACAGAUUAUUCAUUAUAUUUCUUAAAAUCAAGCUACGAUAAUAACUCAUUAAAUCAUCAAAAUUCAGAUAACAGUGACUACAAUUUUGAUUUAUUGAAAACUUCAUUUCAAUCAAAUGAAAAUUAUGAGAAUUUUAAAAGUUCAUGGGAACCAGUUUUAGAAUUAACUCAUAAUCAUGGAACAGAAAAUGAUGAAAAUUUUGCUUAUCAUAAUGGGAAUACAGAACCAAGAGGGUUUGGCCAUAUAGGGUUUUUAGUGGACGAUUUACAAAGUUAUUGCAAAGAAUUAGAGAGUUUAAAUAUUCCUUUUAAAAAAAAAAUAAAUGAAGGUUUGAUGAACAAUAUUGCCUUUAUUUAUGAUCCUGAUAACUAUUUAAUUGAACUUGUGCAAAGAGGCACAUCAUUUGAUCCAAAAUCGUUGUGA